CGGUUUGUCAGACUGGGUGCAUUAAAGCCAGUCGGGGAUUAAAGCAGGAAGGUUCUAUCAGAUAGCAUCUGUCGAGCUCUCUGGCAUUCUACGAGGGAUAACGAAAUAUAGCAGAAUUAACUCUUUCCUGCUCUUCGUUCAGUUUUAAAUGUCCAGGGACAGCAUUUGUGAUGUCAGGUUGAUUCCUAUGUUUACACUGUCUCCCAGAUGUUUAUUGCAGAGUUUAGAUAAAUUCGAGGUAUGGUCUGCAAGCUGGUGGUAUGGCCACUAUAUGCCAACCAUUCCAUGUAGUGUCUCACGGACACCCUUUAUGUAACAUACAGAGAGGAGUCCAGUUAGAGCAGGGGAGGGAGAGAGAAGGUGGAAUCAUAUUUUGCUGAACAUACAUCUGUAUAUUUAACCUCAACUGGAUUGGAUUUGAAAAGGUUCCCCCAAGCGAGGAGGACAGGAGCUGAGGAGCUGGUGUGAAAUUCCCCAAAUAUCUACAGACAUUAUCGUUUCCUUGUUCACAGGAUUCACCAGUCCCAGGACUAAUGUCAGAGUCUAACCUAUAACCACAUUAUGGACGGGUUACCUGCCAAGGAUUUGGAUGCCUGCAUUUUUGAGUUGGGGAAGGAGAACACCACAGAAAAUCAUCUCCAACUGAGAAGAAGUGGUCCAGACUCCCAGUCAUCGGGCAAGAAAGGACUAACACGGAGGUCAAAGAUGAAGGUUAAAUGGACCCACCUUGGGCUGGUGUUUUUUUUCCUGCUCUCCGUGGCAAUGACCGGUUGCUUCAUCUGGCAAUAUAAACUGCCCAAGCAAGAAUCUACACCUGUGUUAAAGGAAAAGGAUCCUCCCACGGUUCGGAUGUGUCCACGUUACCCAGAUCCUGUGCCUUUAGAUCACCCGAUUCCCAUUCUGAAAGAGGCUCUGGAGAAGGUGGAUAAACUUUUGCGAAAUAAAAUUCAGAUUCCGGGGUUACCUACCAUGUCUGCGAUUGUCACUUAUAACGACACGGUGCUGUGGACAGGAAACUUCGGGAAGAAAAAUGGAUCGGACCCUUCCUCUGCCUCACCCAACGAGUACACGAUUUAUCGGAUUGCUAGCAUCUCUAAGAUUUUCCCCACGCUCAUGAUGUACAAACUAUGGGAGGAAGGCGAGAUUGCGUCAUUGGACGACCCUCUGGAGCGCUACCUGUCCAACUUCUCCAUCAAGAACCCUUUAGGGCGAGUAAGGUCAUCUGACCAGAAGUACAUGGAUGGAUUAGCAUUUUUGCAGAAAGGGGCGCAGCCUAUGAAACCGUCAGGUGUCACUCUGCGAAGGAUGGCAAGUCAGUUGUCAGGGCUGCCACGGAGGCUUCGUUCCACAAAUCUCUUGUGGAAAGGUACCAUGGAACAGGCAGUUGACCUGUUGAAGGAUGACGUUCUAGUGGCUGAUCCUGGAACAAAGUGUCAUUAUAGUAACCUGGCAUUCUCAUUACUGGCACAUGUAUUGGCCGAGCAGACAUCAGAAGGAGACUAUCAGCGCUGGGUAGCAGAUAAUAUUCUGGACCGUUUGGGCAUGGAAGACACAGGAUUUGACAUCACACCUCCUAUCUUAGCACAGAUGGCAGUUGGCUACUAUAGCAGUGGCCAGCUUGCGCCACUUUAUGACCUGGGCUGGUAUCGUCCAACUGGUCAAAUGUAUUCAACAGCAGCAGAUAUGGCUAAACUAGCCAUGGUGUUAAUGGGCACCUACCAUCGCCGGAUUCUGGAAGCAGACACAUUAAAGACGAUGCUGACCCCACUUUUUAGGUGUUCUAGUAACUACUUUGCUAACAAGACAGGUACUCCAUGGGAAGUAAAUGAGAAAUAUGGUUAUGACAUUAUUCGGAAAGAUGGGGAUUUGGAUGGUUACUCUGCUACGUUUUCUAUGAUCCCUAAACUCCUCCUGAGCUUCACUGUUUUGAUGUCCGGGAGGAGACCUCAAGACGAGGAUAUUGUAUCAAAAACAUAUAAUUACUUAAUUCCAGCUCUGGAAAAAGCCUUCAGAGAGGCAGAUAAAAGACUAAACCCAACACCAAAUCCUAUCCCCUACGUCGGAUAUUACACUUAUGCAAAUCUGACUUUUUAUGAGAUCAAGGCUGGACCCAGUGGGGUUUUGUCAAUGCAACAGUUUGGACCUCAUAUUGAAGAGCUGAUUACAGAAAUUUACAGGACCAUUCGUCUCCAUUAUUUGGAGGAGAGGAUCUUUCAAGUGGUUUUUGACAAGGAGUACCCCUGUACUCUGAACUUAGGGUCUGCCUCUGUCUCCCUUGAAAUUCAAGACCACCAGAUAUUUAAUUUCUAUCUAUUUGAUGCUCAGGGUUUGUCUACUGGGUUUGAUGUUCCUGGUCUCAAUACGUAUAACGUGCAUCGGAUAACCCACAAGCCUGUUUUCUUUCAUGAGUGAAUUAAACCAGAACUUAAAUCAACAUGUCAUCAAAAUGUGAGUCACCUACCACGUUUGAUACAUUGGGUGAGAUCUUGGAAGUGGAAACACCCAAAACCAUCAAAUCUUUCACAGACAGAAAAAGGAGACGUGACAUUAAAAUCUGAAGUUGAUAUGGGGCCAAGCUAUGGAUAUUUGAAAAAUAAUCAAUUUACACCUUACAGUACAUUU